GGUAGUUUUCACUACCGCAUAGAAGCCGGAUCCUGCCCGCACCCCCUGCACCGCUCCUCGUUCGUCUGAACCCUCUGCAUCGCGAUUCGCGCCUUUUUAACCUACACAAUCACAUCACUAUACACACUUCUACUACUACUAAACGACUUGUUUCUUCAAGUAGAGACGUGAUGGGGGCAGUUUUCCUGGGCAUGCCAGGACCAUGGGCCAAUGAUCAUCGUGAACCAUCUGAUCAUUAUACAACAAAAAUUGGUGGACUGCCUGAUUGGCCUCUUCCCGAGGAGGCUGUAAGAUCCAAUCUGCUUGAGUGUGGUGCAUGUGGAAGUAAACUCUGUCUUAUUGCACAGGUUUAUGCUCCAGUUUCAAGUAAAAGUUUAGAUAUUGAAGAGCGUGUUCUUUUUGUUUUUGGUUGUGUGAUGCAAAAAUGUCAGAGCACUCCCCUGAGUUGGCGGGCUCUUCGCGUUCAGAAAUCACCCGAUGUAGAAGAAUCGCGUACCAACUCUUUGGAAGUGGCAUCUUCACCUGCACCCUGUGUUUCAGUUUCAAAUACCAGCUGGUGGGAGGGUUUUGGUGAUGAAGAUGGUGAAGACAUGGAUCUGGAGGAAUUGGGUAAAGCACUCUCUGAAGCUGCAACCUUUGCUUCUCAUUCCAAGAAACCACAGAGCAAUCACCAUUCUGAGACUAUUAUGAAGCCCACACCUGUAAGCCCUAGAAGAAGAAUAAUGGAUGCCAACACACCAGUGGUACCUUGCUUUUAUAUUUAUACUCAGGAAGAACUAUCCUCAAGGGAUAUAACUUCAAUAUGCUCAAAUUACUCGUCACUUUCCAUUAAGGAAAAUGGUGGUGAUGCUAAGGAUCAUGGAGAAGAAGCUUGGGCAGAGGAACGUUAUGAAUAUGAUAAAUCAUUGACUGCUGAUAGGACUUACGUUAAAUUCAAGCGUCGACUGGAUGCAUACCCAGAGCAAUGCUUCAGAUACUCAUUUGGUGGGAAGCCACUUCUUGCUACAGCAGAUGAAGGAAACCAUGGGAGGUGCAGGCUCUGUGGUGGAUCAAGGCAAUUUGAAAUGCAGCUAAUGUCACCGUUGUUAUAUUUUCUGCUCGAAGCAGUUGAUGAUCGUCAAAGACUGUUGCUGAGGAAUUGGGACUGGAUGACACUUAUUGUAUAUACUUGUUCCAAGAACUGUUCUCAACCAAUCGAUGAAGAAAAUUCCCACACUGGGGGCUGGAUUGUGGCGGAGGAGGCUGUUGUGGUACAAUGUGAGAAACCCUUGGAUGAGUCAUCUUCACGUAGCUUUUUCUCAUGAUUUGUAAUAUUAACAAGCACGUCUCACAUGCAAGCAAAUUUUGCUCUUACUCUGAACUGCUUAUAAUAUUAGGAAUACUCCCCUAUUGAUUGUGUUAUGGUGCAGUUUCAUUACAGAAAUUAAUAAAGAUAAUUUUGCAUUCGUUGA